AUGGCACUUGUAGUACAUUUGGUGCCGUUGAGCACCCUGGACUUGCAGUUGAAAGUCCUGCCAAGACCAAAAGAAUCUGGUUUGAUGUCUUCUAAUAAAAGUAUGAAAACAUUUAAAGAGGGAGGAAUGUUACAAUUUUGCCAAUACAUAACAUCCAUCAAUAGUUUCAUCAUUCAUUUCCAGAGAGAAAGACUGCCGCUUUCUGAGAGGAAGAAAAGGAAAUCAAAAUCUAAGAAAGAUCCAAAUGCUCCGAAGAAGCCACUAUCUGCUUAUGUCCUGUGGUUGAAUGCUAACAGAAAGGAAAUGAUGAAGGAAAACCCAGAAAAAAGCAUUACAAGUCUUGUAAGAAGAGCUGGGGAACUCUGGAAGCAGCUAGAGGAUAAAACAGAGUGGAAUGAGAAAGCUGCAGAGGCAAAGAAAGCUUACGAGAAGGCUAUGGAGGAAUACAGGAGUAAUGCAGCAAAACAGGAGGCCGGAUUGUUGGAUGACAACGAGGAAUCGGCAAAGAAGAGAAAGAGCCCCAAGAAGAGUCCCAUGAGUAAAUCAGUGUCAGACAGUCGUGCUGGGCCAGGGUCCAAUUAUGAGAGGAAAAAUUAUAUCUCCAGUUCGGGGGAUUCAUCAGGGUCGGACAGCAACGACAACUUACCUCUCAAAAAGAAAUCCAAAAAGGAGGAUAUUUCCAAGGAAAAGAAGAAAGAAAAAGGCGAGGAUAAAAAGAGAAAGUCUAAACAAUAGAAUAAAGGGAGUGAAAGGGAAAGCAGCAUGGGAGAGCUCCCAGAUGAUGAGGAAAUCCUGGACACGCCCACACCAUCAGAAAAAUCAGCAUUGGAUUCGGACUAAUGUGCACUAUGUGAGAGGAAUCAUUUGUUUGAUACACAUUAUGAAAUCAUUUGACUGGGAGAACUUUGUGUUGAAAAUCACGGUUCUUGUGAGACAAUGAAAGCCAAGUCCUGUGUGGUUGAUGAUGAACAAAAAACAUUUGGUAAAAUGUUAUUAAAGCAAAAUGAAUCUGAUAUUAAACACUGUGUUUUAAUAUUAAUUCAAGAUUGUUCAAGCAAGAGUCACUUCCAAAUUUGACUGAAAGCUGAAGUACAAUAUGUUGUAAUAUCUUUUUACAAUGUGAAUAAAAUGAGAAAGUGUU